AUGUACACGAACACAGGUGACAUGACAAAGCAGUAUCCCGGAUUAUUGGCGCUUCCCUACGACGAGGAGCAAGGAGGUGGAGGACAAGAUCCCAACUCUGUCAUGGCCCCGUGCUUCUCACCGGCAACACUGCCGACCCUCCCGACAUCAUCCGAAAUGAGUGACAAUUCUUCUUGUAGUACAUGUAGUACUACCCACUCUCAAGAGGCUGCCGGUACAUCCUCUACAUCUAUUAGCUGCAGUCCUCCUCUCUCAUCGCCAUCAUCCACAACCAGCUCACUAUCAAGCAGAAAAGGCAAGGGAAAGCACGUUACAUUUCCCACGGAAGCAGAUGAUCUGGCCCAGAUUCACCUCAUUGAUCGAAUACGAGACCUGCUUGUGGUUGCUGCUGAUGAUGACGACCAUCAUCAUCAGAGCCACAGCACCAAUAACAUUUGGUACACGAGCACCGAGUUGAACGCAUUGUACCGACAAGAAUUGCGCCUGAACAUCCAAGUGCAACUCUUCUACGGCCCGGGACACGUAUUGGAACCCCACAAUUUGAGUUGGCGUGGCCUGGAAGACAUUCAAUUUAGUCACGAUCGAAUGAUGCCCAUUCGAAACUAUGUGCAGUCUGUGUUGGGUUUCUUUGUUAGUACUAUGACGACUUGUACUGGUAGUACUAUAUGUACUAGUAGUCAAGAAAGCAGCACGAACGAGGAGUUGUAUGAUGACUCGUCAUGUUUGUCAGUGGCAGCGUACGCCAUGUCGUUGUCCCAAUCGGAGUGGGAAGUUGCCAUGGCGCAGGGCCACAAGGACGCUUGGGAGGUUCGAGUGGACCGAGAGGAGGAAGAAGAGGCGGCGGCCAAGGCCAAGCAAGUGGAAGAGUUUCCACCACUGGACUCAGACUACACUUCACUGGAGGAGGGAGACGGCUGUGAGGGUGCUGGAAUGAUGAGGCAGCUACUAGCCUUGCUUUCUUGUUUGUAG